GCCAAAACCCAGAACUGUGUUGAACAUGUCGCUCGGGUUCCUGACGGAGUCGGCACUCGUGCCGUCCAAGGCCAAGGAGAUCAAGGUCGACGCCAAGUCUCUUGUGGACUUGAAGGCCGUUGUGUUCCAGAAGGACCAAGAGCGAAAACGCCGGCUGCAAGAUGCCUUAACAGCAGAAAACGACGAAGAGAGCUCGUGUCGCCGUUUAGGAAAAUACGCGCAUUUGCGAGGCGGCAGCAAGCGGCGUAAGCGGUCUGACGAGAACCGUGUAGGUAAAAAUCAUCGUAACAGAGGCGUGGACGCUCGCAAUCAGCGCGAUGAGGCGAAAAAAACGCAAGAAGCUCCAGACGAAGGCGACGACGAAGCAUGGAGCAAGAAGUCAGCGGAGAUGCUUCGAAAGAAGACAAAGCUGUACGAGGAGAUGGCCAAUGGAGGAAGCCGAGACUUUAUGAAAGGGGAAUGUCUGGUUAACUUUGAAGCCAAGAAGAAGUUGAGCGAAGAGAUGAGUGUUAAGGAUAAGAAGACUAUGGUGGAAAUCAUGGACGAGUUCGGACGCACAAGGAAUGUCGCGACGGGCAGCGAGGAGUACGCAGCGUUCUUGGGAACGCAACAGCAGUUUAAAAUGGAGACAUCUGAGAAGCAACACCGUGGUGGAGCUGAAGACAACACAAGAGAAGAAGGAAGCUUUGUGGUUUCGCAGUGGGAGAAGCGCUUAAAAAGUACGGAGAAACGCCAUUUAAAGGAAGUGCACGAGAGAGCGACUCUUGCGCAGUCAUUAGCGCACCCUUCUUUAUCCGGUGUGGUGGACAAGAAGACGAGGAAGCAGUUGCGUCUGGAGCGUCUUCGCAAACAACGCGAAGAAGUAGCCGGAUCGACUGAAAGCGCUACAUAUACGAGCACUAUGCCUGAUUCUGCAGCAUCUGAGAAGGCGACGGACUUCUUGAACCAGCUCUCGUCGUUGAUGUAA